AGUUCCGCCGCCCAGGACGGCUUCAUCCUCUAGCCCCGUCGCGGCAAGUGAACCCGCCUAGGAAACCCGCUGCCCGCUAGGGUUCCUCACACCGCUUCACCUAGCUGCGCAACCAAACGAGGACCCCGAGCAGGGCUGCCCAACAAGCGCCUGAAGGACCCCGGGAGGGCCGCAGGCUAUCCAGCGUGGCGCCUGGUGGCCGGGCCCUGUGCGGGAGGACAAGGUGAACCCGGAGCUGGACUUCGGCUGCAGUGGGGCUCCGAAUGACCUAGAAUCUGGGGUGGGCUUAGGCCAGGGGCCGCGUGUUCUUGCUACGAGAACCCCUAGCAGCCUGACCUUGGAAUAGCUGGAUCAGAUGCAUUCAUUGGUUCAUUCAGAUACUGUUAAGAGCCAGCGGUGUGCUAGGUACUUCUUACACCUUCUGGUGGAGAAGAUGGAACUGAAGGAAACUUGCAAGGAGCUGUGAGAAAGUACAACGGGAAGUGAGCUAAGAUCAUUAAGGAGUGAGAUGGCCUCAAUCUUGCGAAGCCCUCAGGCGCUCCAGCUCACUCUAGCCCUGAUCAAGCCUGAUGCAGUCGCCCAUCCACUGAUUCUGGAGGCUGUUCAUCAGCAGAUUCUAAGCAACAAGUUCCUGAUUGUACGAAUGAGAGAACUACUGUGGAGAAAGGAAGACUGCCAGAGGUUUUACCGAGAGCACGAAGGGCGUUUUUUCUAUCAGCGGCUGGUGGAGUUCAUGGCCAGCGGGCCAAUCCGAGCCUACAUCCUUGCCCACAAGGAUGCCAUCCAGCUCUGGAGGACGCUCAUGGGACCCACCAGAGUGUUCCGAGCACGCCAUGUGGCCCCAGAUUCCAUUCGUGGGAGUUUCGGCCUCACCGACACCCGCAACACCACCCAUGGUUCGGACUCUGUGGUUUCAGCCAGCAGAGAGAUUGCAGCCUUCUUCCCUGACUUCAGUGAACAGCGCUGGUAUGAGGAGGAAGAGCCCCAUUUGCGCUGUGGCCCUGUGUGCUAUAGCCCAGAGGGAGGUGUCCACUAUGUAGCUGGAACAGGAGACUUAGGACCAGCCUGAUGCAGGUCUAUGAGGACAGUGCCUGGACUUUUCUCCUAGACGUCUAGUCUAAAACAUUCUCCUAGGACCAGGGAAGCCUGGGCUCAUACUGCCAUUUCUUCUGGGCACCACCACCUGCCUGAGGGCCUAGCUCACUGCAGCACAUCCUCCAGAAUCUAGCUUUCUAUCUACCUCUUCUCUGGAAUGUUCAUGGUGGUUCAGAAGAAUGAUGACUCCUCUUUGCUGAGAACUGUUCAUCCUUUCUCAAGAAGAAGCUUGCCAGGCCGGGUGCAGUAGCUCACGCCUGUAAUCCCAGCACUUUGGGAGGCUGAGGCAGGCAGAUCAUGAGGUCAGGAGUUCGAGACCAGCCUGACCAAUAUGGCGAAACCCCGUCUCUACUAAAAAUACAAAAAUUAGCUGGGCGUGGUGGUGCAUGCCUGUAAUCCCAGCUACUCAGAGGCUGAGGCAGGAGAAUUGCUUGAACCCAGGAGGCAGAGGGUGCAGUGAGCCGAGAUUGUGUCAUUGCACUCCAGCCUGGGCGACAGAGCAAGACUGUCUCAAAAAAAAAAAAAAAAAAGCUUGUCUAAUUGACUUGCCUAAAAAAUGCAGUGACUCCAAACAACAUUUGGCCUGUCUUCCUCAAUGAAAGUCAGUGAAGGAUUCUCCUGAAUCCUUCAUGCUGCCACAUUUGGGGAAACUUUUCAGGCUUUAUCAUUCUGACUUCUCAGCAGCAUUCAGUAUUGCUUCAUUCUUCAGAAACACUCUCUUCUCUUGGAUUUUCUGAUCCCACACCAUUGGUUUUCUCCUCCGCGUUUUUCUUCGUCUCCUUUAUCAGCUUAUGCAAACAUUUAUUUUCAUAAAUUCUCUAUUCAAGACAUGCUGAAAAAUGCAAAGAUGGUUAAGAUAUGAUUGGGUUCUCAAGUUGCUAAUUAUGAAUUUUGGUAGUCAGCCAACAUGUGGCAGAGAUGGAGAAGUGCCCUAACAGGUAUAAACUCCUGUGGGAGAACAGAGGAAAGAAGGUUUCCUUUGGCUGGGUGAGGAGGUGAAGGAGAUAGGGUGGAAAAGCUUUUAUAAAAGAUGUAGCUGGCUUUGGAACUAAGCCUCAAGGUCAAAUAGGGUAACCCAUAGGAGGGGUCUGGGGCACUAGACAGUCUGUUUAUUUUCAGGAAUAUAUGGGUCAGUUUGGUAUGUGUGUGAUCUAAGAAACCUGUGAUACUCCUUAUGACAGUUCUUGACUUUUCUUUCUCAGUACAUGUGUAUUUUUCUUUUUGGUGGCCUUGAAACCUUUGAGUUAAAAAUUCCCUUCACCAUCUACCACUUUCACUAAUGGUAGAUCAGGAAAUUUGGACCCACUGAACAUAGAGAACAACUGGAAAAGCUGUGCAAAAUAUAAACAGCGUUUGUCUAAAACAUCAGCUGGCAAUAUAGAACCAAAAUUCAGGACAAGAAGGAAACUCAGAGAAGUGAGCCUGGUACUUAGAGCCACUUUUCCCAUAAGGGCACCUGCUGAUUCUGGAAGAGGCAGCUGAGAGGCUAAGAAGCUGAGCAGAACUUUCAACAACUUCUUGUGUUAGGGAGCCAGUUUCAUGAAUGCUGGCAGAAAACACAAGAUUACUUGGGCAGAGACUACUGCUCAGGGCACAGCAGGCAGUGUGUUAGCCUUGGUCCCACUUGCCCUCCAAGUCCCACAGGGCAACACUGGCAGGCCCAGGAAAGUGUUACACACAGCAGGUUUGCAUCACUGCUAAGGAACCACAAUCUUGGGAAGAUACUAUCUCUCUUCUAAGGCCAUUUGCUAUACAAAAAUCCUUGAAAUAGCUGGGCACAGUGGCUCACGCCUAUAAUCCUAGCACUUUGGGAGGCCGAGGUGGGAAGAUCACCUGAGUUUGGGAGC